AUGACUCGCUUUCCCGUGGUGCUCCGCGCGGCAGCGGCCUGCAGGCCUGCCUGACGGGCGACACAGAGGGGCGAGCGCCGCCAGCUCCUGCCCAGCCAUGGGCUCCCUGCUCAGCCGCCGCAUUGCUGGCGUGGAGGACAUCGACAUCCAGGCCAACUCGGCCUACCGCUACCCGCCCAAGUCCGGGAACUACUUUGCCAGCCACUUUUUCAUGGGCGGCGAGAAGUUCGACAUGCCGCACCCCGAGGGCUACCUCUUCGGGGAGAAUAUGGACCUCAACUUUCUGGGCAACCGGCCCGUCCAGUUUCCUUACGUGACCCCAGCCCCUCAUGAACCAGUGAAGACCCUUCGGAGCCUGGUGAACAUCCGCAAAGACUCCCUGCGCCUGGUCAGGUACAAAGAAGAUGUUGACAGCCCCACAGAGGAGAAUGGGAAGCAGAAGGCCUUGUACAGCCUUGAAUUCACCUUUGAUGCAGAUGCCCGGGUGGCCAUCACCAUCUACUGCCAAGCAGCAGAGGAGCUCAUUGGUGGCAUGGCUGUCUACAGCACAAAGAACCCUUCUCUGCAGUCGGAGACAGUGCACUACAAGCGAGGGGUGAGCCAGCAGUUCUCCCUGCCCUCCUUCAAGAUCGACUUCUCCGACUGGAAGGAUGAAGAGCUGAACUUUGAUCUGGACCGGGGCAUUUUUCCAGUGGUCAUCCAAGCCACAGUAGACGAAGGCGAUGUUGUUGUGGAAGUGACUGGCCACGCCCACAUCCUCCUGGCUGCCUUUGAGAAGCAUGUCGAUGGCAGCUUCUCUGUAAAGCCCUUGAAACAGAAGCAGAUUGUGGACCGGGUGAGUUACCUGCUCCAGGAGAUCUACGGCAUCGAGAACAAGAAUAACCAAGAGACCAAGCCCUGCGAUGAUGAAAACAGCGACAACAGCAACGAGUGUGUGGUGUGUCUCUCAGACCUGCGGGACACUCUUAUCCUGCCCUGCAGGCACCUCUGUCUGUGCAACUCCUGCGCCGACACCUUGCGCUACCAGGCCAACAACUGUCCCAUCUGCCGUUUGCCCUUCCGUGCGCUGUUGCAGAUCCGGGCAGUGAGAAAGAAGCCGGGCACCUUGUCGCCACUCUCCUUCAGCCCCGUCUUGGCCCAGAGCCUGGAUCGGGAAGAGCAUUCGUGCUCGGACAACAUCCCCCCAGGGUACGAGCCCAUUUCCCUGCUGGAAGCCCUGAACGGCCUGCGCUCUGUCUCGCCCUCCAUCCCCUCGGCUCCCCUCUAUGACGAGAUCAGCUACUCCGGGGUGCUGGAUGGCCUCCCUCCACCUAGCCGGCCCCUCGUGGGGCUUGACCGAGGAGGUGUGGAGAACAACCACCAGAAGAGCAAGCACAGCAAAUCCCCGGACAGUGCUCUCCGGUCCCCCUCCUCACCGAUCCAUGAAGAAGACGAGGAAAAAUUCUCGGAAGACCUGGCCCUGGAGCUGCCUCUUGCUGGGACAGGGCACAUCCUGGGUGAAGACAGCUCCCCUGAGAGCCUGGCAGCUGAAGAAGCCGAGGUGGUUACUGCCCUGCCACCAGGUAGCCAGCCUUCCUCCAGAAAGGAUCUUGUCCAGGAGGGCAGCAAAUCCUGUGAGGCCCCCCAGAAAAAGGAGAGUGAGCUGCCUGCUGAUGUCUACCUGCCAGGCUCUUCGGACUUCACCGGAGCCCUCCCACACCGCGGGAGCAGCAAUUCCGGGCAGCCGUUUCUCUUCCUUCAGCCUCACCUCUGUGUUGAAAGUGGGCCGAACCCAUCCUAAGUACCUGGCCCAAGAAUCAAACUCCGAGCACUGAGGCCGCCCACCUGCAAGAAGCUGGGGCCCCUUUUCCCUCCCUCCCUCCCUCCCGGAAGGGACACAGCUUCAGACACAAAGCAAGAUGGACCCAUUCCCCCCCCCCCUCCUCCUCCUCUGGGCCGCUCUCAGGCCAGCACCCUGCCUCUUUCCUGGAUGUGUGUCUUUGUAUGGACGUGCAUGACCCCUUUGUAGCCGUGAUGGGAGACCCCCC